UUUCUCAUUUCUUUGCGACAGCCCACCCUGCUACAAGCUGUAAUGGUACAGGCCAUUAGCAAGACCAUCUCAACUGGAGGAGGGGGGCCCCUCAGCCUCAGCGAGGAGGCGACUUUGGAUCCACAUAAACACAUUCGCAGAUGUCUCUCCAUGCGUUCUGACAGCCUGCCUCCGCCGCAGCCAUCUCACUAAUCAGAGAGCGAGAAAAAAGGACAGAGAGGGCAAGCAUCACCCCGUCGUGCCUGCUUCUUGCCUACAUCUCUUCUUCAUUAGUCUUUAGCCGUGAGAGGCGGGGAGAGAAAGAGAGUGUGGUGUAUGCCAGAAGAGGACAGCAGGAAAAUACGCCGGUAGGGUCCAUCCUCAAGCAUCAGAUUAUUGAAUCCUGCUUUCCUCAACGCUGGACCCUGAACAUUCACAGCAGGAGAGAAAUAAGGACAUGAUUAGAAUGCAGUCUGCAAUUUGAAAGGAAACAAAGGGAGGGAAGAAAAACAAGCUGGCAAAAGAGAAGAUGGUUUGAAUGAAUGAAACAGCAUGUGGAAGGAAUAGAGCUGCCUGAACAAGCCCUCAAAAGCCUUGUGAAGACAUAUACAGAGAGGGAAAGAGAGAGAGAGCGAGAGAGAGAGAGAGACUGUCAAGAAGACCAAUUAAGCCGCCUGCUCUGAGGACGUGACUAGACACGUGGUGCGCAUCCCAGCGGUUCCCGGGGACGGAUUUUCAAUCUCUCUCUCGCUCCCCCUCUCUCUCUCUCUCUUUCUCUAUCACAUCUCCCUCCUUUAACCCCCCCCCCCUGUAAAGAUGUGUUAGGAUUAAGCUUUGGGAUUACCGAAAGUGUGCACAACAUCUGUGGGAGGAGGAACACGCCGUCGAUCGUUCUGUUCUCUGCUAUAUAAGAUGACCUGGGCAGUGAUGGCCCGGUGUGAGAUCUCUAACAAGCGGCUUUUGCAGCUGCGUGUCCAACACACAUCUGCCCAUUGCUUAUAACCACGGGUAAUGACCAGGCACAGAAUCAACCCUGGAGAUGCCGAAGAGAAGAGACAUUCUUGCCAUCGUGUUAAUCGUGUUACCUUGGACUUUGCUCAUCACUGUGUGGCACCAGAGCGCCAUCGCCCCCCUGCUCGCCAUCCGAAAGGCUUGUCACCAUCUAGUUAAAGAGAUCUUUAUCAUACCCGAGCGGCUAAUGGUCCAACGGCAUCGCCUGUCAGAUGAUGGAACUGGUGAAGGCAGACGCGAUGCAGGAAGCCAAACAAGCGACUCGAAGGAGUUCUGCUCCUCUGAUAAGGACAUAGUGGAGGUGGUGCGCACUGAGUACGUGUACACGCGGCCACCUCCGUGGUCCGACGCCCUGCCCACCAUCCAUGUCAUCACACCAACCUACAGCCGGCCAGUGCAGAAAGCUGAGCUCACUCGUCUCGCCAACACCUUCCUGCAUGUCCCCAACCUGCACUGGAUCCUGGUAGAGGAUGCACAGAGGAGGACGCCGCUGGUCACGCGUCUGCUGAGGGAGACCGGCCUGAACUACACGCAUCUAAACGUUGAGACGCCUCGGAACUACAAGCUGCGAGGAGAUGCACGAGAUCCCAGGAUCCCACGGGGAACCAUGCAGAGGAACUUGGCUCUCCGGUGGUUAAGGGAGACCUUCAGCCCCAACAGCACUCAGUCAGGCAUCGUCUACUUCGCUGAUGAUGAUAACACCUACAGCUUGGAGCUCUUCGAAGAGAUGCGAUCCACGCGUAAGGUGUCUGUCUGGCCCGUAGCUUUUGUCGGAGGUUUGCGCUACGAGUCCCCCAAAGUCAACGCUGCUGGCAAAGUGUACGGAUGGAAAACAGUGUUUGAUCCUCACCGGCCUUUUGCUAUUGACAUGGCAGGGUUCGCCAUCAACUUGCGGCUCAUCCUGUUCAAACCUCAAGCCUAUUUCAAACUACGGGGGGUCAAGGGGGGCUACCAGGAGAGCAGCCUGCUCCGAGAACUCGUCACUCUCAACGAUCUGGAACCGAAAGCUGCUAAUUGCACUAAGAUUCUCGUGUGGCACACAAGGACGGAAAAACCUGUCCUGGUGAACGAAGGGAAGAAAGGCUUCACAGAUCCAAACGUGGAAAUCUGACAUCCUUUUCAACAAUGGCACUUUGGAUAAUUCAAGGCUCGACAGGAACAAAGAGGCAGCAUCUAACCUUCAGACAUGAUUUCUUGUUGCUGCUCAGUGCAGUGACUUCCACAACUGUAUCUUUCAAAGCACAGAACGGUUCAACGCGGCAAUAUCUCACGGUUAUUUUGUAUGUAAAGCUGUUCGUGAUUGCAACAAAGACAGGAAGCGGAACGGCGACGCAUUUUUUCCCCAACACACACACACACAGAAAAAUGAUGCGACGUCCCUGACUCAGGAGUGUAUUCAUGGAAAAAAGACACACUGGAUCGGUGUAUAACCCUGCUGAACAAUGAACGACGGAGGACGAAUCAUCUCAAUCUGCUUGAUCGGUAAAUAAAUAAUCAAACUCGCAGACGGAACUCUUUCCAGAGCCUACAUAGAAGGGAAUGUGUUCUUCUUUUUUUGUUGUUGUUUUUCUUUCUUUCAAACUUAACACGAUGUCUUCUUUGCGUUUCACGUCCGUUGCGUUCAUUUCUCUUGCUAGUUCGGAACUACUGACUUGUUGUUUUCUGCUUGACUAAAAUACAGGUUCUCAAAGUGUUUUCCAGGAGCGUCACUGCUAUAUUUACUGACAUCCCGAACCUAGCAGCCGUGUUGGAUUCCACAGUGAGUGACCAUAUAGCACUAUUCUUAUGACUAGAAUACGAAUCGCACUUUUUUUUCUUUUUUGUUUCGGGGAGUGGUUGGCUGUUAUAGUAUUGUAAAUAUGAAACUUUACACACAAACGAUCUUUCAAAACGAGCUAGCGUUAAACCCGAACAAAGCAAUGUAACUACUGUAUUUAUAACUGAGUAUAUAGUGAGAUUAAAGACAUCCGACGGAAAGCCUUUGCACAUGUUCAGUGAAGGCGUUGCGUUAAAACAGGGUGGAAGAAAAAAAAAAAGAAAUCACUUCAUCGUAAGCCGGAUUUCGUGUGUCACGACAUAAGCCAUGGAAUUUUUUUCAGAGGAGACCUCUCAGGCGAAGAUGAGAUGCAAAGCUAAUAUUAGCCCAGUGGCAGCUUUGGGGGUGGGGGGGUCUGCAAUAAAACCUUCGUAGUAUUGGGGAGAUUCUCAUAUAAAGCACGUCUCCUUGGUAUGGUUUAUCAUUUUUAAACGGUUGGUUUUCUGCUAUUAAAAUGAGAAAGGACGCCAUAAGUGAUGUCAGUUUUGUUCCACAGCCACCAUAAACGCCGGAUAACAGAGCGGCGAAACAAACGGAAAACAUCAGUGCGUUUUAGCGUUCGUAACGCUAUCAGCGGUGCCUUCGGGGUAAAACAAAACAAAAGGCUUAAUCUUACCUGCAUGCCACAGAAGCUUCUCCUUUUUACGGGUAGAAAUGAGUCCCUGUGCACAAUUUCUCACUGCUAUCGACGGUACUCGGCUAAAUAUAGCUAAUCAAGCACAAGAUCCUGACCUUGUAAAAAAAAAAAAAAAAGAAAAAGAAAAGAAAAAAUUGCUAUCAUCUUGUAUACAUAAUUCCUUCUCGACACGGUUCUUUUCACCGACGCUCGUUUCCGUGUUAUCGUUUAUCAUUUUCACAGUUUAGUGAUCAGUUACCUUGCUAGCGCUUCAUGUUUUAUAUUAGACGUUAAUGAAUAGCUAAUAAGUGGAUAAGUAGGGGAAUACAGCACUUAUUUGGGAACAUUAACGAGACGUUGAGUAGCUGUGCCUGGUUUAUUUUUCUUUCCAGACCCACUUGACACGAUUAAUCAUUUGACUUCAGACUCCGAUGAUAAUUAAGGCCUAUUAGUGUUUUUUUUUUUAUCCGUUUAUUUAUUUUCUUUUCUUCAUUCUAGUAAGUCUUCAUUCAAGAGGGCGGCUUCCUGUUCAUCAAAACUAUCUUUCAGGAAAUGUGACCGUUUGAAUAUGACUGAAAGUUAUAUGAAUAUCCUGUGUACAUCGGUUUCACAUUUCCUUUAAUACACUGUUUUGGCAUUUCUCAUCAAGUUUACUGACAUUUUACAUUUGACUCCAGAGCAAAAAUGAUGAUAUCAGGAGGAAAUAUUUCUCAUUAUGAGAUUAGAAGGAUAAAUCCUAAUCAUGAAGCAUCUGAUUUGACGGCUUUCUGGAAGUAGAAAGGAAGGAAGGAAAGAAGGAAGGAAGGAAGGAAGGAAGGAAGGAAGGAAGGAAGGAAGGAAGGAAGGAAGGAAAGAAAGAAAGAAAGAAAGAAGGAAGGAAGGAAGGAAGGAAGGAAGGAAGGAAAAAAGGAAGGUACACCACCACAUCUACCAACAGAACAAGACAAAUUUCUAUACAAAAUUAGUACAAAUCUCAUGAGAAAUAUUAAAUAAGUUUAAUAAUAUUUAAGAUAUUUUUCACUGGUUAUGACUAAACGUUGCAA